AUGGGGACUGUGAAUAGCUGUCACAAUGAAGCUAGAAUACAGUUUGAGGCUUUUCAAGAUCAAAGGCAUAGUGUGGGGAAUAUUUUACGAGUACAUAGUCGCGAUAUGGAAAUUGAUUAUCGCACUCGUUUAACAGCAAUGUUGGAUGUGACACGCUUUCUAUUGAAGCAAGGGUUACCUUUUCGAGGACACGAUGAGUCAACUAGUUCUUCAAAUAGAGUGAUAGAAGUGUUAGGAAAUGUACAUGAUGAUGCCUCUUAUUCUGCGAACAAAGGUGUUGCUGCAGGUUUAAUUGAGAAGAUGGAGAGUUAUCAAUUUGUUUUUGUGUUACAUUUGAUGAAGUAUAUAUUGGGAAUUACAAAUGAGUUAUCACUUUCCCUACAACAAGGGGAUCAAAAUAUUGUUCAAGCCAUGUCCUUGGUUAGAAGUGUGAAAUGUCGACUACAAGACUUCAGGGAAGAUGGAUGGCAGAUAAUUUUGGAACAAGUUAACACAUUUUGUGAAUUGAAUAUGAUUCCAAUACUUGAUAUGGAGGACAACAUGCUAACUCGUGGUCAUGGCAGGCGUAGAGGGCAACUCAUCACCAAUUUUCAUCAUUAUCGUGUGGAGAUUUUUUGUCAGGUUGUUGAUUUAAUUAUACAAGAGAUGAAUAAUCGUUUUUCAGAAGUUAGUACGGAAUUGCUUGGUUGCAUAUCAUGUCUUCAUCCAAGAAAUUCUUUCUCUCAAUUUGAUGUUCACAAACUCAUCCAUCUUGCCGAUUUUUAUCCCGAGGACUUCUGUGGUACUGAUUAUUUAUUUUUGGAACAACAACUUAUGAGUUACUUUUAUAAUCUGCGGGAUGAUCCUUACUUUUCUUCAAUUGAUGACUUGGGAAUUCUUGCUCAAAAAUUGGUUGAGACUGAAAAACAUUUGGUGUUCCCAUUGGUUUAUCGUAUGAUAGAGUUGGCAUUAGUUUUACCAGUUGCAACUGCUUCGGUUGAACGAGUUUUUUCUGCAAUGAAGACUGUGAAGACUGAUUUACGCAAUAAAAUGGGAGAUGAAUGGAUGAAUGACAGUCUAGUUGUAUAUAUUGAAAAGGAUAUUUUUUCUACAAUUGAAAAUGAGCAAAUAUUACAACAUUUUCAACGAAUGCAGUCUCGUAGAAUCCAAUUAUCUCCUUUUGUACCGACUCGUCAGCCGUCGCAGACUUCUGUGCCAACCCAGAAAUGA